ACCUCUUGAUAGCCGAUGGAUUUGAAGCCUACAACCGCCGGAGCUGAGAAGGACGGGAUCCCACCGGAAAAACCGACACCGGUAGGGCAACAAAUGCUGGAUAAAGGUGCUCAAAUGUUGCAGUCUUUUAAACCCAUCAAUCACAUGAGCCAACAUGCGUGUACGUUUGCUUUAUACAGCCAUGACAUGAGUCGUCAAAUCAAAGCUCACCACUUUGUUACCCGACUUAACCAGGACUUCCUACAGUCAGCUGUUUAUGAUUCCGAUGACUCCAACGGCCGUCUCAUCGGAGUAGAAUAUAUAGUGUCUGAUACCAUCUUUGAAACAUUGCCACCUGAGGAACAAAAAUUGUGGCACUCUCAUGCCUAUGAGAUAAAAUCUGGGCUUUGGAUCCACCCACGGAUGCCAGAGACGAUCGUCAUGCCCGAGUUGAAAAACCUAGCCAAAACUUACGGCAAGUUUUGGUGUACAUGGCAAACCGAUAGAGGUGACAAGCUUCCAUUGGGACCUCCAUCAUUAAUGAUGUCCCCACAGGCCGCGGAAGAUGGUGUGGUGAAUUUGCAGAUAGCGAGGGAGAGAGACGAAAGCUACAACCUAUCAAGGGAAGAUCUAAUGCGGUCGAGGAUCGAGAUUCCAGAACCAGAAUGGAUAAACCCUACGGCCGAUUACUGGAGACAACACAAGAAAGGUUUCAAAAUCGACGUAGAAAGUACUGAGAUGAGGACUUCUUUCUCGUGAAUUGACGAUGUUCGAAUACUUGCACUGAUGGUAUAGGAUUACAAGAAGAUAUUUCAUUGUAAUAGAAGAAAUAAAAGACCAAACUGUGUCGACCAAACCUGUCGCUUCUAUUUGAUAAAUUACGAUCGUUUUUGUAGCAUGAAAUGAUGAAAGUUCUACUUGGUUA